AUGCGUUUUUAUCAGUACAUCCUUACCGCUGCUAUAGUUAUGCAGUUAUUUAUUUCAUGUUGGGCUCGAGCAACAGUUGUAUCUGAUUCUUGGCCAGCAGUGUCAGCUUACUUGAAUGACAUAGAAGAAAAUUCUAGCAACGAAAACAGCGCCCUUCAUGACAAUGAUCUAGUUGAACGAAGUAAUCCUUUGACAUUGAAGACCAAAAAAGCAUUACGAAGUGGCUUGUAUUUUGGCAACGAAGAAAGACGGAAUAAAUAUUUUGGAGAAGCAGGAAAUUUCCAUGGUGGUCACAGUCUUCAAGGACUUUGGGCAAUGCCAGGACGACGUUAA